AGCAUGUCGGUUCUCGUGAGGGUCCUCGUCGCGCGGGCAAUCGUUUGAGGCUCUCCUCAAUGAGAUGCUCGCGGAGGUCUUCGUCGGGCGGGUGCUGGUGGGCCUCUCCGAGCGGGCGCCGGUGGGGGCCUCCCUCGUGGGUGUUCACGAAGGUCUUCUUCCUCGCGUUGGUGCUCGUGGAGGCCUCUUUCGCGACGGUGUUGGCGGGGUCUUCCUCACGCGGGUGCUCGUGGAGGCUUUCUUCGAGGUGGUGCUCACGGAGAUAAUCUUCGCGACGGUGCUCGUGGAGGUCUUCUUCAUGCAGGUGCUCGCAGAGGCCUUCUUCGCGCGGGCGGUCGUCGUGGUGGUCGUCUUCGCACAGGCGCCCGUGGCGGCCUUCUUUACACGGUUGCUCGUAGAGACAUUCUUCGCGGAGGUGCUCGUGGAGGCCUUCUUCAAGCGCGGGCCCCUGGAGGUUUUCUUUUGCGAGAGGCUGCUCGCGGAGGUCUUCCAGGUCGUCGACGCGCGAGUGGGCAUGAGCGUUCCUCCUUUGAGGUGGGCUCAUCAUCUUCUGUGCGCUCACGUCGGCCCCGCCCGCUGGCGUACGCAUAUCUCUGGAGCGGUGGUGCGCUGUGCCGGGUCCUGAAGAGGUCGCGCGCCAUCGCUCUCUGGCAUGCUGCGACAGUGCCGAAACGUGGAGCACCAUCGACAGCAGCAGCAACAUCUUUCGGCGGUGAAGCCUGGUCAGGCGGAGUCGACGGACUGUGGCAUAUGCGCAGUGACGCAACA